GCUCUUUGGUAGCUGUUGGCGGCUCCUUCUGGGAGAGGGUGUGGAAGGAGAGGAGUGGUGGUGGGUGGUUGGGUGAAUGUGUGUGUGAAGGCAGGAGCUAUGGUGGAGGGAGGCUCUUGCCGUUUUAUGAGGGGUUGUGGUGGGAAGGCACGAGGUGAAAGGGGGGGCGGGACGUUCUUUCCGCCUAUCUAGGUGUAUUGGACGCGCCUGCCUUUUGUGCGUUGGGUUUGUUUGUGGGAUGCACUUCCAUUCUUUAUAGAAAUAGUAUGAGGUUUAUGGGAUAUUCUUGCCUUUUAUGUCUUGGAUGCGGCUGCCUCCAUGACAGGACGCGCCUGCCUUUCAUGCUAGGCGCACCGUAUUCAAAAGGGUUUAUAGUAGACUUGCCAGAUUCACAAAGGUGGCAGUCACCACCCUCACGCCUUCCUCAGAACCAGCAUGGAACCCAGCAGGGCAUUCCUGCCUUUCACGCCUUAGACGCGCCUGCCCAUCAUGCCAGACUCACCAGCUUCACAAAGCCGGCAGUCACCACCUCCCUCGCGUCUUCCCAAUAGGCCUCCCUCCCCCACGCCACGGAAUCUAGAUGAUCCAGACCCCGCCGCGUAACCCGCGAUGCCAUCUCCAGCCCGACGACAGGGGCCCAGACACACCAAAUGGCGGCACCACGACCCUCAAAAUUCGUCCAGCUCAGGCUCCCCAGUGGCGACCUCCCCAGCCCCCCAAGAAUAGUUCUCCCCGGGAUAGAAGAAGACGAGGAAGAUUGGGCGCUCCCUCCCCGCGCGUCACGGCAAGCCGACAUCCCUACCUUCAGGAGGCCCGAGCAGGCCUCCGCAUUCCCGUUCCCGCCGGCGAAUGAGAUCCCGCCAGGAGCGUAUGGCCAGUUGCGCGCGCAGCAGGGGAUUGCGCUACAGCCGAGGGAUUUGCUCCGUGUCAGUGGUAGUAUUCCACGGUGGGAUUAUGGACGGAUUGCUGAUGAGGAAAGGCUGGGGCCGUUGCAAUAUGAGUGGGAAGAGGAGGAGGAGGGCGUGGAGCCUUGGCCUGAUAUUGCUCCGUUCCAGGGACCGGCAGAAGGAUCGCUGGCUGGGUGGAUCGCAAUGUACGGGAAGAGAAUGGGCGAGAUCCUCGACCCUGUGCCCCCACAGUCGCAGGCAGGCGAGGCUGGUUCCCCUCUACCAGACUUCUUCGACCCAAUCUUCGUCGAGCCGUUUGUUGAAAUCCAGCAUAUACCUCUUCUCAUCGAGGCCUUUAAACCCGUCGACCCACUCGCCCCGCUCACCCUCCCAACCGUGAUACCACGCCCCAGGCGAUUCUACCGCGUUCAACACUCGGCUGCUGUCGACCAGCACGGCAACGAGACAUUACCCCCUUCACGAACACGCGAUAGCACUGUCCUCGGCUUUAGCGCGGAGAACAUCUUCCCGCCCCCCUUUGAGCGGCGCAUCAAUAGGGCGAAUCUGGAGCGCGCGCUUGACCCGAUGAAUGUUCAGCCCACGAGCCUGGUCGCGCUGUAUUCCAAUUACGGAGCUGCAAUGUUUGAUUUCGAGAUGCACCACCAAGUGGAGUGCGCAGACGUGUACAUUGCGCACAUUGCGGCAGAGACGUUCAGGUACGGCAUAAUCCCAGUGAUGGUUACCCUGCCGGGCUUAAACGAGGCGCAGGAGGUGCACCUGCCGGCGCUGGGACUUGAGGAGCCGCGAGUACUCCUAUUCUCUGUGCUGUCGUGCUUGGAGAUCCUGGGAAUCGAGACGGAGAUGACGGUUGAUGGUGUCUGGUUUGCGAUUGAUUCGGUGCCGGCGCAGUUUAUUGAGCGCAGGGAGGCGAGGGGAGUUCCGCUGGAUUGGGCAAGGAGAGAUGCCUGGUGGGCAAGGCCUGGGGCUGGGCAGCCGUGGGAGGAGUGGGGGGAGGAGGGGAUGGCGAGGUUUGGUGUUGACGGCGUGGAGGUUGUGGACGACAGACCCCCUCUUGAUGAAGACAUGCCUAGUCCCGACUAUCCGCAUGCGCUGCCGAUACCUGUGGAUGAGGAGGAACGGAAUAGGUCGAGAAGCCCGUCGUCGUUUGUGGAUGAUGAGACACCGGAUAAUGUGAGGACCGCGUCAAUGCUUGAAGGUGAGACCCCCGAUACGACUAGGAGCCCAGACGUGCCAAGGGCAGUGCAGGCAAGCGCCGGUCCAAGUGCGGCGGCAAGUGCAAGGGCCAGUGCUGCGAGGGUAACAGAGUCAUCGGAGGAGAAUGAAAACGUCGAAGAUGGGGGCGAAAACGAAGAGAAGGAGAGCACUUGGAAGACAGAACUGACGGAUCUAAUCAAUGAAGAGCUGGAUACCGUUAUGGGUGGUGCAGGAGAUGCGGCAGAUGCUCUGAGGAGCCCAUCUCUUAGGUAUGCACUACGUGGGCACGGCGGGUUGUUCAUUUACGAUAGCCAAUGGAUGUGGUGAGGUGUUGUGUUGGAUUGCUGAGUUUUGUAUAAUGAAAAUUGGAUAGGGUUGGAAACACGCUUGGAAACUCGGAAUACUACCCUUUAUCCCACUUACAGAGCCUGUAAACCUAUCGCCUCUCACCGGCUCUAUGAAGCUCAAUGCUAUGGAGAGUGACUGUCGUCGUUAUCAAAUUAUGGUUUUGAAGUGUGGCUCAAUCGGCUUACGCAAGGUUACCAGGAUGAUACAAGUACGUAAACUCACCAAUCGAACAUCAUAACUUACCAAAAAAUGUACGUACGUAG